AUGGCGUCCGUGGACUCGCAGGUAACUCAGCCGGAGACGCCAGAACAGAUGAAGUGCUGGUUGUGCGCACAGUCCUUUGACGCAGGGCAAGGACGACUGCACGGAAAGAAAUUUCCGUGCGGCCUGUGCUCGAAUGCGCACCGCACGAUGAGACGCAACCUGGGAGGCUAUCCGGAAGAGAUGCAAAACUUUACUCCAGAAGAAAUCUCAGAUUUUUUCCGGACUUUGCACUCUAAGAAGCCAGCCGGUGGCGGCCUCAACUGGCAGACCAUGAAGGCGGUGAUGUGCACCAACAUCGCCACCCGACAGAUCGAACAGGCGAAAGACAAGGUGAAAGGUGAAUGGCUGCCAGCAUCCGUGUGGGAAACGCGUGGGUGGACGAAGGAGACCAUUGAGCGCCAGGAUAACAGAUGGAGUAACGAAUACAACGCGCAAGUCUACAGGAUUCGUAUCACUUCUGAGACCUGGGCGCAAAUCCAUGAGAGAAUCACUGAGUCCCUGCUGCGGCAGGAACGCGACGCUACGAAGAAGCGUGGCAAGGAGGCAGAGGACCUGGACGUGCCCAUGGCUUCGGUCCCAAAAGACGAUAAGGACAAGAAGGGGCAGGUCGCUGCUGCGAAGAAGCAAGAGCGUGAGAAUGAGAAGAUCCACGCGCUUGCUGCCAGAGCAGUUGGCGCCUGGACCAAGAUCUUGGGACAAUGUGAGAAGAUGGCUGAUAAAGUGCACAGUGCCGGAGCAAUGCCGGCAGAGACCAAGCAGACGUAUGAUGAACUCACCGCCAAGCUGCAGAAGAACAUGACUGCUGCCCGUCAAGCCAUCAAUAGCUUUGAACAGAAUAAAGGCAAGCCGGUGGAGGAUAUGGCAGCCCUGGCAGAGCUGCCAUUCCAAUCUGCUGACGUCAAGACUGUGACGCAGCAGUCCGGCGUGAUCUUGAAAGAGGUUCGCAAGGCAUUUCCGAAGGCUGCCCCCAAGCGCAAAGCGCAGGAAGUGCCGGCUAACCAGGAAGCGCAGCCCAAGCGCAGGCGCACUGGCAAGUCGAACCCGUAG